CGCUCUCUUUCACUUUAGAUACCCAUAUCAUAGAGCUCAGCUCUAAGGUUCAGCACAGAUACCCAAUCGUGUCUAUCACCAAAAACAACCGUAAGCAGACAUGGUCGACAGAACGGCGCUGGAAGUUUAUUUGGAUUUGCUAUCACAGCCGUGCAGAGCAGUGCAUAUUUUUCUGAAUCACAAUAAAAUACCACAUACGGUGAAACUGGUAGCCUUACGAAAAGGUGAGCAUAAAACGCCAGAGUUUACCAGGCUGAAUCCUAUGCAGAAGGUACCUGUAAUGGUGGACAAGGGCUUUGUUCUGACAGAAAGCGAUGCCAUACUGAAGUAUCUGGCCACCAACUACGACGUCCCUGAGCACUGGUACCCACGGCAACCCGAGAAAAGGGCGCGAGUCGACGAGUACACUGCCUGGCACCACACCAACACGCGGCCGCAUGCUGCCAAGGUCUUCCUUAUGGAGGUGUUGCUGGCCCGGAUGACCGGGGAGCCCCCAGACCCCGUGAGGCUGAGGAAAGCUCUGGCGCAGCUCGGCCAGACUCUGGACAAGCUGGAGGACAUGUUCCUGAAGAGACAGCCCUUCCUCUGCGGCGAUGACGUCUCCCUGGCCGAUCUCCUGGCCGUAUGCGAGCUCAUGCAGCCCCUAGGUGGCGGCAGAGACAUCCUGACAGAGCGGCCCAAGCUCGUCGCUUGGAGGAGCAGGGUGCAGUCGGCGCUGAAGGAUUCGUUUGACGAGGCGCACGGGGUGCUUUACCGUCUCCGGGACAAAUCCAGAGCGAAGCUUUGAGAGAAACCGGGCCUAAGCGAGAACCGGAAUUUACUUCCGGUUGGUUUUUUUUUUUUGACUGGCAGUUGUGUGAUCUAUGUGGUCACUCCUGGCACUACGAUCUUUACUUCACUCUAAUGUGUUUCUUUUGCACCUCUGCACCUUGAACUAAUGCACUUGGUGUACGUCGCUCUGGAUAAGAGCGUCUGCUAAAUGCCUGCAAUGUGUGAGAUAAAUGAACUGGAGUGUGUGUGCACUUGGGAAUACUCUGGUUGUGACAGUUCUAAUUAUGGAAUUUUAUCUACUGAGCAUCAGUGUCUAUGAGGAAUUUCAGUGUCACGCAAUUCCAAACUCUGCCAAGCUGGUUAUUUAACCUUGUUUGAUAAAAUGGCAUAAAAUAAACACCACAUUUUAAAUUGAGCAAAAUCACACUUUCAGUUAUCCAAUUGGCACCAAGCUGUAAUACUGGAAUGUAAGCAGAGAACAAGAUGCGUGGAUGUACAUCCUAAUACAUUUGUAACCACUGAAUGAAUAUAUAUUUAUACUGUAGUUUUAUAAAAAACAGCAAACUUUAUACAAAAGGUAUAAUUUAUUAAACAAAUCAAACCGUAAUAUAAGCGACAGUAAUUUGUGAAUGAUUCGGCAGACAAAGGAUGAAAAAAAAACAAUUUAAAAAAGGUUAAAUGGUCGGAGGUAGUGUUCUCAUUCAGCUGCGGCUGAAGGUGGACCUGGCCUUCUCUUCCCUGGCUGUUCUUCCUGGUCUUCCAGAGGCCUUUUGCGACUGGUGGAGGGCUAUGAAUACAGGUAAUCUGCAAUUAGCCUUUUAAGGUGCAAGAUCACAAACAUGCAAUUAGAAUGUUCUCAACCGAACAUUCUAAUGCUGAUGUAACAAUCACUACUGGUAACUGAAAAGAAUAGAGUUCUAGAACACACUGGCCUAGAAUUUUGAGAAGAAAAAAAAUAUUCCAGAAGAACUAGAACCAACAGAAAUGCAGGUCAGCUAAGAAAAUAUACAGGCAUUUCCCCCUUGAGCCUGGUUCCUUCCAAGGUUUCUCCCCAUCUGCCACAGGGAGUCUUUCCUUGCCACUGUUGCCUUAGGCUUGCUCCUGUGGGGGUUUAGGCUAGGGUUGUCUGUAAAGCGUAUUGUGACAACUGUUGUAAAAUACGCUAUAUAAAUAAAAUUUGAUUGAUUGAUU